GCCCUGUAAAGAGAGUUCACAGGUGUAGCGUCACCAAACUUCGUCACCCAAUCAGAAGUCAGCUGGGUGUGACGCGAAAUAACCAGGCGAGAUUCAGCGCUGUUUGUUGAGACCGCGUAAAAUGUUUGUAGCCUACUGCACACGGAAAGCAACCCGUUAUUUCCUAAAACUACAAGUGCCGAGGAAGUUUAUUGAUAGUACGAACUUCUACUGGCUUGUUAUUAGUUUCUGAAGGGAAAAUUCGUAACGUGUGAAAGAUGGGGCGGGAGAAGGACGCUAAAGAAGACGAGAAGGCCAAGCACAAAGCGACGAAACUGAAAAGACUGAGUGACAGUGAACGCGCAGGAGCUGGGGGAGAUAACAUCAAGAAGAGCCCAAAUCCAACUAAAGCCACGGAGAACAUGGAUAAAAGAAAAUCUCAUAAAAAG